AUGGAAAAACGAGGCAGCGGAAUUUUGAUCCUUUCCCAACUCAUGGUUAGCGUAUUCAUAUCGCAGAGGCGUCACGAAUUGUCCUAUAUGCAUGUGGAUCGGAGUAUGAUGAUAUGGUUGAAACGACGAUAUGGAGGGAAUGGGAACACGAUCCAAUGUUGA